GGUCAGAGGCCCACUGGACAUCUGUACAAGGGCCAGAUGGCUAGUCCGGGACACGUCUGGCUUCAAGAUAGGCAGCCCUGAACUAAUUAAAAAUAGUCCUUGAAAAUAUAUAUCACUGUCACUAAUCAAGUGUCUGCAUUUUUCAUGAAGAGGUGUCACGGAGUGAACCGAUACAAUGACUCGUGAUGUGCCCGCGGCGGUAUCGGUAACACGCAGGUAUCCACUUUCGGUAAUGUAUACUCGGCAGUCUGGCAUCAAUGACGGCGGGUCAUGUGAUCACCCAAUAAAAGUGGCCCCGCCGGCAGCCGAUCUUCCAUGUGUGGCCACAGCACGACAAUGGCUUACAUCGCGAAAUCAUUCUAUGACCUACAUGCCACCAACCUAGAUGGCGAAAAGGUGGAUUUUAACGUGUUUAGGGGAAGGGUGGUUCUCAUCGAGAACGUGGCCUCCCUCUGAGACACCACGGUCAGGGACUAUACCCAACUUAAUGAGCUGCAAAGCAAGUAUCCGCGGCGCCUCGUGGUCCUCGGAUUUCCAUGCAACCAGUUUGGCUACCAAGAAAACUGUAAGAAUGAAGAGAUCCUCAAUUCCCUGAAGUACGUACGGCCAGGCAACGGCUUUGAACCCGCUUUCACCCUCUUCCAGAAAUGUGACGUCAACGGACAGGGCACGCACCCCGUCUUCGCUUACUUAAAACAUAAACUACCCGCCCCCGACGAUGACCCAGCGGCCCUCAUUAGCGAUCCUCGGUUUGUGGUCUGGAACCCCGUGCAUCGAUCCGACAUCUCCUGGAACUUCGAGAAGUUCCUCGUAGGUCCUGAAGGAGAGCCUUUCAAGCGCUACAGCAAACAUUUCCAAACUAUCGGCGUAGAGCCCGACAUCCAGAGACUCCUGAAACUUGCCAAAUAAAACAUCAUGUAAUUAA